GUCCCAUAGGGUGCGGUGGGGAGAGGGAUUCGUGACAUGCAUGGGUCAUGGGAAGUCUCAGGUUGUAUGAAUUCCUGGACUCGACGAGUGGAUAGAUAGGAAGCAACGAUCAAGCCUCGUCGUGGAAUACAUCAAGUAUCGAGAAGACAAAAGUGUAAAGCGAGGGUAGGAGAGAGGGAUCGAGUGGCAUCAGAGAGAGGUCGUUUGCGCCCAAAAGUUGCUCUCGGCAAGUGGAGAAUUUGUGUGCUGAAGAAUAGCAUGAACAGUCGUAAUUUUGGGGUAGAGUUGCCCUCUUUGCUCCCCGAAUGAAACCGGGGUCCUUCAUAAGAUCAUACCGAGUCUCAUAGACAGGUCUAACAGGCGCUCAAUCCCGAGAGAUAGAAUUGAGAAGCUCGGGUUCUCAUUAAGACCGGUGAAUCUAGUGUGGACGGUUUCAUACUUAAUCAGUCUUUGACACAAAGAGGAUCGGAGGUGGAGGGGGAUCUUCUGUUGCGCUCCUUCAAGCGUUCCUGUGCACCCCUCGAAGCUGGAAUAAGAGGCACGAAGGAUUGAGGGUGUAUUGAAUAAGUUGAUUGAACGAAGAUCGUACUUAAGGGAAGAAGUCAAUCUUCAUUUGGGAAAGACCUGCUAAGAGGACUGUGCGAUUGGAGGGUGGUGAGGGAGAUUGCUGGUCGGCGGUUGGGUGUUCAUCUUAUUGUUCGGGAAUACUGGGAUUCCGCAUGGCUGUUCACGUUGGGUCUUUCUAGAUAUUGUGAAUACCUGCAAGACUCUCUGAAUUCGCUUCACUUGGCAUCACCUUGGGGACGAUCAGAAGAAGGGGUCGGCGAGGAAGUGAGAUAUUUCAAGUCGUUUGCCAGGUGAUUUAAGAUUCAAAGAGUUGGAAAGAUUAAGCUGCUUCAGGAGGAAGCGCUUGAAAGCGGUGAAUGAUGGAUACUGCCGAGGGAGAAGUGAUUGAUCCGGCCCAGGCUCAGGUAAAUGUAACAUCCAUGGAGAGUGCCAAUUACCCUAGCUUUUUCAUAAGAAAGUUCAUGGGUCGUCCCGUGAUUGUGCGGCCCGGCUCCAAACUCCUCCCCUCUCUGGACAUGCUUUCCGCAGUCGCAACAACUGUAGGACGUGAGGUUCAUGUCUUUCUGAGGCCAGCCUCUGUUCCACCAUCACAAGCAAGCUCUGCUGCCGGCCCAGAACCAGAUGAUUUUUUUGAGUUCACAGCCGAAGACUACGCACGAAUGAUGGCGCACAAGAAGAAAGAAGAAGUCUUCUUGAAAACAAAAAAAAUUCGCGAUGCCGAGGAGGCAGCGAGGAGGGCUCGCAUCACUAAGGCGGUCGUGCGAGUUCAGUUCCCAGACAAUUUCGUGCUUGAGGCAACAUUCCAUCCAUCAGAUCCCAUCAGUUUGCUGAUAGAUCUCCUACGGAAAGUUGUUAUGCUUCCGAAUGAAACUUUCUACAUUUAUACAGCGCCACCUAAGCAGCGGUUAAAGAAUCUACAGCAAAGCAUGUACGAGGCGGGGCUAGCCCCUGGCGCUCUUGUGUAUUUUUCUUAUGAAUCACCGAGAGAUAUGGAUGGACCGUAUCUCAGGCCUGAAAUUGCAGCGCUACGAGAUCUUCAUCUUCUCGAACACUACGUCACACAGCAGGAACCAACGUCGCAAAGUGGAGUAACAGAUGCAGUUUCUGAAUCUUCGGAGUCGGUAGUGCCCAAGCAAGAAGCCAAACGUUCUACGGGAAGCAAACCCAAAUGGUUCAAACAGCGCUAAUGGUGCUUUUGAUGUACAAUUCAGGGGCAGUUGAGAUCCAUCCUUGGUUCAGAACCUUCAGAGCACAAUAAAUCUAGGAACGCUAAGUGUUCUUGGGUUUUGACUUGUUUUGAUUAUCUGACAAACGACGAAAGAUUUGAUGCAUUAUAUUGAUGCACGUUAGUUCAUGAGGCCAAUUCAAGUGAUGUGUUUAGUAUGCAUUGACCCCAGACUUUUUGAUGGCGGCUUUGCAUGAUUGGUAGCUUUGAAGAGGGUUUAUGCCUCCAAAACCCCCAUCAGUGUAUUUAGUUUGUAGCAGUUCGUAGUUCCUUAGAUAGGUGCAGUACCACACAUAUGUGUAUCAGCUAGAAAUAGUACCUAACAAAUUUAGAAGUAAUAUCUGAGUCCUUAACACGGACGUUUACCAACGUUUUCAUCGUAGGGAUGAGUGUAGGUGUGUGUACCUUUAUGUAGCGCUGAGGUACCUUAGAAAGAAUGUUUGUCAUAAAUACACAGAAUUGACGGUAAAUUGUAGAAUCGUGGUCUUUGUGGAAUCUUGCAACUCGUUGCGAAGCUACGUCUUGUAAAAUAUUGCUCAAAUUGGCUCGGAAGAAUGGUAGGAGGAAUCCUCUUAUAAGUGAUCGCUAUAUCGAAGAAGUUCGUCUGUCCGCCCUUUAACGUGCAGGGUCACCACGGAGGUCCAUCACGUCGAGAUCACAAAAAUGCAAAUUUAUCGCAGUUGAGGUGUUUCACUUCAACAGCUGAGAA